AUGUCGUUGUGCAGCGUCUAGUGGUGUCAGCAGAGUGCCAGGCGCUGUACACGGACGGCAGCUCUUCCAUCCGCACUCAAUGUAGUUCACCUCGUUAUCAGCGCCGCGAGCCUACCCCGCAAUAAAUAUUUAAUUAGCUCGCUCGUAGCGCGCCACUCACUGCGGGGCCAGCGGCCGGCUCCUGCAGACUCCUGCGCACUACUCCGGCGGUGCCACUGCUGUGCCGUGACAUUUCCACCGAGGCUAUAAACUUGUUUUAUUAUUUUAGAACAUACAUAUUCAUUGCGUUAGAUGCUCUCGAGUAGUCCUACUAGGCGCACGCUUCUUGCCGGCCUUUGUGAAUGCGAGCACUCUGGACGUACGUCGCGGCCUCCAGGACAUGUCCCGCCGGGCGGAGUGUGAGUUACAGUGAGACCCGUGUGAGUGCCUGCCGCGCCUGCGCCGACGAGGCAGGCACCCUGACUAUUGUGACGGCAGAGAGAGGAACAUGGCAGAGCUGAACGAGGAGUCGAAGCGCGUGCACCUGGACGAGGUGCUGGGGCAGCUGGGCGCGUUCGGGCGCCACCAGGCCGCCACCAUGGCCAUGCUGGCGCUCGUGUACGCCACCAACUCCAUGUACAACGUCAACUACGUCUUCGCGGUCGAGGACGUCGGCUACAGAUGCCGGGUGCCGUCGUGCGACGGGCCGGACGCGCGGUUCAGCGUGCCGUGGCUGAACCAGUCGCAGCAGUGGGCGGACGAGCCGCUGAAGCAGUGCCGCGCGCCCGUGGUCGCCGGCUGCGCGCGCGCCGACCACUCCGGGGACGAGCCGUGCACGCAGUGGGUCUACGAGAAGCCGGACAGCUUCACCGCAGAGUUUGGGCUCGCGUGUGACGACUGGAAGCAGACGCUGGUGGGCACCGUGCACAGCUUCGGCAACAUGCUGGGCCUGCUCAUCCAGGGCCAGAUCUCGGACAGGUUCGGCCGCAAGACGGCCGCGGUGUUCGCGGGCACGAUGGGCGCCGCGCUCGGCCUCACCAAGAGCUUCGCCACCUCCUUCUGGUUCUACAUCGUGCUGGAGGCGCUCGAAGCGGCUGUCGGAGACGCGCUCUCUCCCAUGUUCAUGCUGAGUAUAGAAAUAGUGGAGAAGAAACGUGCUGUUCUAUUCCAAAUGAUUUUACUAAACUGUUACACAUGCGGCCUGAUUGUGAUGCCGUUCAUUGCGUGGGCGGUGCCAUAUUGGAGAAACUUCCUACGAGUCAUCUACGCGCCGACACUCCUCAUCCUCACGUACUCCAUCUUCCUGGACGAGAGCAUCCGCUGGCUGUACAGCAAGGGCAGGAAGGAACUGGCGGUGCAGCUGAUACAGAAGAUUGCGAAGAGGAACGGCGUCAGCAUCGACGGCACCAUGCUGGACAAGCUGGACUACGCGGACGAGGAGACCAAGACCGGCGUCAGCGACAGGAAGCUGCUCUUGAAGACGUUCAAGUCAAGGAUUAUGAUGCAAAGGUUCCUGGUGUGCAUGGUGUGGUGGUUCACCAUCACGCUGAUAAACUACGGCAUGAUGAUCAGCGCGGUGCACAUCGCCGGCAACAAGUACGUCAACUUCUCCCUGCUGAUGCUGAUGGACAUUCCCGCCAACGUGUUCUACUGGCUGGCACUCUCCAAGUACAAGAGGAAGAUACCACUCCUCGCGUCCUUCAUAGUUGGAGGGAUAUUUUGUAUCUCACAGCCGUUCGUGCCUAAAGGGUACGCGUGGCUGGGGCUGACGCUGUUCAUGAUGUUCGAGAUGCUGGCCACGUUCUCGUACAACAUCGUGUACAUGUACACGUCCGAGCUGUUCCCCACCUACACCAGGAACUCCAUGCACUCCAUCUGCUCCGCCAUCGGCCGCAUCGGCUCGCUGGUGGCGCCGCAGACACCCCUGCUGAUGUCGUACUGGUAUGGACUGCCAACGUUGCUGUUCGGCGUGACGUCCGUGAUGGCGGGCUCGCUGACGCUGCUCAUGCCGGAAACUGCUCGGUCCGAGCUGCCUGACACCGUCGCAGAAGCCGAACGGAUCGGACGCAAACAAAUGUUGCCGGAGCAACAGAGCCUCACGCAGCGGAACAGGAGACGAAGCUAGGCACCGUGUCAAUGUUGCGAGGCCGCGCGGUCGUCCACUGUGCAGCGUGCAACAGUUUGUCAUGUCGUACGUGCUGCACUCCUCGUGCUUCGGAUGAAGCCUACGCCUACCUCCUCUCAUGUGAUAUGUAUAAACGUUCGCUUUUAUCUCGAAUUGAUCAUAGUUAAAUCAUUUCUUAUAAUUAUAUUUACAAAGUUCUUCUGUUGUUACUAUAAUUUUAAGUUGAUAUUCAAUAUUAAAUUGUUAUUCUAAGUCAAACAGAUCAAUUAUCCCUCC